UUUUGUCCUUGGUCUUAGGCUACUGCAGAGAAUUUGCGCCAGUAAGGGGGUCAUACUUAUGUCGUAGGCUGCGUCUCUCUCGCUCUCACACACGCGCUCUCACACACCCCCGCUUCAGAACCAUGAGAGGUUUUUGCCUGCUGAGCAAGUCAUUGCAUUGGCAGUAUACGUGCUUAGUCCGACUGUGACACACAGAUUCCAUCGCUCGUGGUUUGCACUUGUCACAGCUGCGCCACAGUUGACUGCAACAUCCGAACCAAAACGGACUACUUAAUGGAGAGGUCACAAACAGGGACAUUCGAUCACAUUCAGCAGUUUAGAAGAACCAACUUGAGGAGUUGUUUUGCAUAAUUUCUUCUGAAGCCAAGAAAGUGUCAGGAGGGGUUUGAGAGUGACAUGGAUAAUCAAGACCAAAAGACGGGAUUUUAAGGAGAGCCUAUGUGGAUGUAACGGUUGGACAGCCGUUAAGAGAAACGUCAAAACGUAUUGGCAACAGGCAUGGUUAUCUUUCUCUCACAGCAGCAACAGCCAAAAUAACUAAUAACUAUAUUUGAUCCAAUUGAUAUCUGAAGAUUCACAUUUAUUUAACAACAAUGGCUCACUUAAUUCGACACAAGAUCGGCAACAAGCUGACCAAUGCGGCCAACACAGUGUCCAAUAAGUCUCAGGCCAAGGUAAGCGGAGUGUUUGCCAGGCUGGGCUUCCAGGCCGCUACGGAUGAAGAGGGUCUGGGGUUCGUGGACUGCGAUGACUUGGAUUUUGACUACAGGCAGGGGAUGCAGAUGGACAUCAUGCAGGGUGACGAAGAAGGGGGAGAUAUGGACGGAGGAGACGAGUUGAUGGUGGGGGACAGCCACUACCAGAGAGACGGAACCGGUCCACCAUCCUCUUCCUCCCUCAAGAACACUGGGGCGUGUAACGAGUUGGCAUUAGAGGACAAACCCAAAAUUACCACUUGGGAUGCGGGGUGGAACGUCACCAAUGCCAUUCAGGGGAUGUUCGUCCUUGGGUUACCAUACGCCAUUCUUCACGGAGGAUACCUCGGACUCUUUCUUAUCAUAUUUGCCGCCGUUGUAUGUUGUUACACCGGAAAGAUUCUUAUUGCGUGUCUGUAUGAAGAGAAUGAGGAUGGAAUUCUGGUGCGCGUGAGGGACUCCUACGUGGACAUCGCCAACGCGUGCUGCCAGCCACGGUUUCCGUCUCUGGGCGGACAUAUAGUUAACGUUGCUCAGAUCAUUGAGUUGGUCAUGACCUGUAUCCUGUACGUGGUGGUCAGCGGCAACCUGAUGGUUAACAGCUUCCCCAAUCUGCCGGUCUCGCAGAAGGCCUGGUCUGUAGUCGCCACGGCUGCCCUCCUGCCUUGCGCGUUCCUCAAGAGCCUCAAGGCGGUGUCCAAGUUCAGCUUACUCUGCACCAUCGCGCACUUUGUCAUCAACAUCAUGGUGAUAGCCUACUGCCUCUCCAGAGCCCGAGACUGGGCCUGGGACAAAGUCAAGUUCUAUAUCGAUGUCAAGAAGUUUCCCAUCUCCAUCGGCAUCAUCGUCUUCAGCUACACGUCCCAGAUCUUCCUGCCCUCGCUGGAGGGGAACAUGCAGAGGCCAAAGGAGUUCCACUGCAUGAUGGACUGGACCCACAUCGGAGCCUGCGUUCUGAAGGGCCUGUUCGCUCUGGUGGCCUACUUGACUUGGGCAGAUGCCACCAAAGAGGUUAUUACGGACAACCUGCCGUCCACCAUCAGAGCGGUGGUCAACCUGUUCCUGGUGGCCAAGGCCUUGCUUUCGUAUCCGCUGCCGUUCUUCGCUGCUGUAGAGGUCCUGGAGAAGUCAUUUUUCCAGGAUGGAGGGCGCGCUAUUUUCCCUGACUGUUAUGGGCCGGGAGGACGGAUUAAGUCCUGGGGACUGGGCCUCCGGUGCCUCCUGGUGGUGUUCACGUUGAUCAUGGCCAUCUUUGUCCCGCACUUCGCACUCCUCAUGGGCCUAACCGGGAGUCUUACCGGCGCCGGGUUGUGCUUCCUUCUCCCGGCUCUCUUUCAUCUAAAACUGAUGUGGAGGAAACUCUUAUGGCACCACGUGUUCUUCGACGUCGCCAUAUUCGUUAUAGGAGGCAUAUGCAGCAUUUCUGGGUUUAUUCACUCGGUAGAGGGGCUCAUUGAGGCAUUCAAAUAUGGAGUCGAGGAAUAAGAAUGUAUACAUUCUACCUCUGUAGCCCAUAGGUCAUAAUCUCAUCGAUCAUUGGCGCUGAAUGACAGACUGAUUCACCGAGCAAAAGGGAGACUGUGUAAUUGUGUACUUUGUUUUUUGCCUUCGUGAUAAUGUGCAAUAAUAGACUUUACAAUCAUAGUGUACAGUAUUUAGUAAUGAAAUGUUAUGUUAAUUAGGAAGUGGGCAAUGCAGUGUCCUUUGAAAAUGGAUCAUCUCUGAAGCGUUGAAUAUGAUGCAUGGUCUGAUCAGGCAAAGUCAGGCAUGUGAAAAUGAGCUGUAUAUAAGGCCUAACUUAGUGUGUGGAUGUCUUGAUAUCUGCAUUGAUAAUUGGUUUCCUUAUGAAGAUUUUUUUUUUUUAAAUACGUAAAUGAGUGUUUUAUUAUCGAGCUGCUUUAGAAUUAGAUAAUCUCAUGCAGGUUCUGUCGACAUACCAGAGAAAUCACGCUCCGGGCACCCACGUUGGAUGGUGCUAUAGGGUAAACAUACAAGGAACUCAUAUAGUGGUUUAAUCAGAAAAUUUCGAUUCGUUUUCAACCGUACUCCUUGUCGACACAUUUGGUUUUUGGUGUUUCACGUGUCAUUAUGGAUUAAGUGAAUUAUUGCAGUGCAAGCAAGUGGCUCCUAUGUGUUUAUAUGAAACCAUCUGUCUUCUGUAUAGUCUCCCUACCUGUUGAACGUAUUAAUUGUGCUUUCAUGGAAUUAAUCAUGUUGUGUAAGAAACGAAUAUGUGUUGAAUUAAUAGAUAAAAAAUCGAAUAUUUUAUGCAUUAUAUUCAUAUCUUUGUCCAAGGAUUAAAUGUCUAUCUGGAAUUUGUGAAUGCUCAUGUAUGUGCGAAAAAAAUAAUCUAUGGGUGAAUAAAAUGUAGGUUUUUAUGGAUGAA